UUUAUUUUUUACACAAUUCUUACUUAACAAUUCCAAUUCUAAUUCCAUUUUUCGACAACUGUAAUUCGUCCGUCUCUCUUGCGGAUUGAUGCGUAGUUGAGUUGCAACCCUUGGAUUCAAUGACUAGCUUGAAUUAGAUUUUGAAGCAAACUCAUUAUUUGUUUUUUCCAACAGCUGCAACUUCAUCUCCACACCAAUACGCAAGAGAAACAAACAUGGGUUUUAAUUAGAGUAUUAAAAAUGGAUUUGAGAUUGUUUGGCAGACAAUUUGGAGGAAAAGAACAAUGUCAAAAGUAAAAUUCUAUACUACCCCUUUAAUUUAACGUUUAUUUGAUAAAAUGGAUGAAAAUGAGGUGAGUUGGGAAUAAGUGAGACGAAAAUGGCAGUUUUAUGGGACAAAGUAAGAUGAAACCAGUUUCAGUGGUAAAGUGAGACUAAAUGCAAUUUCAGGAGCAAAUCAAUUAAUAAGGUGAACAACAACAACAACAACAACAACAACAUUGGGGAUUGAUUUCUGCACGUUUGAAAUUCCUUGGAACUUUGGGAGUUGGGAGGGAAAGUAGCUUCACCUAUUUAUCUAUAUCAGCUAUAUAAUGUAAUGAGCCAGUUACCAGCACCACCGCCUUCCUCCUACUUGCGACAGUGACUUUAAUUGUUAGACUAUUAGUCAAUUAGACAACAGGAAGUUGGAUUACCAACUGAAUUAAUCCAAACCCAUCCUCACCUCAAGUCAUCUCAUUCAUGUGUGCUGUGCUGCUGCUAUAUGUGUAUACACACACACACACACACACAUAUGCAUUAGCUGUUAACAGAAACAUCAAACAAAUUAACAACACAACAAACAACUGCGUUCUCAAGGAAACUUUGGAAAAUGGCCAAGUACCAAAACAAUGCACUGGUAAUACUAGUGUUUGCCGGCAUUAUGGCGCAGGAAGGAAUGUUAAUGGUGGCUGCUGCUCAAGGAGACACGUCUUGCCUCAGUCAGCUUGCUCCUUGCCUCAACUACCUGAAUGGAACCCGUCACCCACCCGACAAUUGUUGCGAUCCUCUCAAAUCGUUGAUCAAGUCUAAUCCACAAUGUUUGUGUAGUAUGAUCAGCAACCGGGCCACCAAUCAAGCUGAGCAAGCCGGCAUCAAUAUCAACGAGGCUCAGCAGUUGCCGGGAAGAUGUGGUGAACGUGUCAACCCGCUCGCCUGCCUUUCAACAGGUUCUCCUCCUAGUCGUGCUCCUAGUAAUUCCAGGAACUCAGUUCCAAAUUCUGUAAACGAUGCCUUUUCGUUGCUCUCUCGUGGAAGCGUGGCGGCCACAGCUCUGUCGUUGUCUCUUCAGAUUCUUCUAUUUAUUGGCAUCAAAUACAACGCAUUAUUCUAGACGGAACACUUGUGGAUAUUAGCAUAUUGCUUGCAAUUAGGAAAAGUCUUCUUGUAUUUAAUUAAUGAAUUAUUCUCCUUCUUCUCUUGCUCUUGUUAUAUGGGAUUAUUAUUAUUAUUAUUAUUAUUAUUAUUAUUUCUUUCUAAAUACAAUUUCUGAGUAGCCCUAUAUGUUGUGAUCGAUGCUGAACAAAGAUGAUUGUGGAGUGAUUUUAUAUGUAGUUCCUUGAUGAUUAAAGAUCAAAGAUGAUCAAUGUAAUGAAUGGGUGUGGCGUACCACAUAUAUCAAAUUUCUUAUUGUUUUCACUU